AUGCUCAAUAUAAUUAACUAAGGUGCUCAAAACGCAUAUAGAGUAUAAGGCUUAAAGAAAAGAACCACAAUUCAUGUGUAGAAAGACAAAAGCAUUGAUUUUAGAAAAAUAAAGGGAAAAUUUGUAUUUGAACCUUCAAAAACAAUAUAAUCAUAAUUGGAUGGAUUUUUUGUAUCUAUCAUUGUAAUCAUAAUCUUAGUUAAUGCUAAAAAAAAAUGGAUGGGAUAGGAAGUUAGGGUUCAAAGGAUUUAAAGGAACAUUUAAGGUUGAACAUCUGAUCAUGAUCGAAACAAAACUUAGGGUUUUAUUUCCACUAAGAGAGCUAACAAUAGUGGAUACACAGAUGGACAGAGAGCAUCUGAUUAUAUUACGAUAAUGGUUGGCUUGGCUCCAACCAAAAAAGUUGACUCUAGAAUUUCAGCAGAAUGAGAUAGAUGAUUAGGAUUUUGAAGAAUUUAUCUACUAUUUCUUUGAAAGAGAUAUUGACCUAAAGAGAGUACCUUCUUUUAUUUAAUUUAGCUAUACAUAAUCAGUAAUCCAGGAAUUUAUAAAGGGCAAUUGCUAAAAUAACUUCGAGUGUAUUUAAAGGAAAAAAAUGAUAAAAAUGAAUAUUAUGAUUACGAAUUGCUGAUGAAUAAAGAUUCUAAAUCAAUUGCAAUUAUAAAACUAGAGAAAAUGUGGACCAACCAAGAAAAGAACACUAUAAUUUAAUAAGCACGAGAAAAAAUUGACUAAACUUGCUUUUAUUAUUUUAAUUUGUAGAAAUGCUUUACCGAAAGCAAUUAUUAAGGUUUCGAACAUUUAAUUCAAUUGACAUAUGAUUUAGAUAAUUUAGAGUAAAUUUGUGGGUUAAAUGCAUCAGAUAAUUAUUUAGGAACACUAAAUAGUUUCUAAUAGACAUGUCAACACUUAUCAACAGCAAAGGGCCUACUUGAAUUAAAACUUAAAUCACAAAAAUUAUUAGAUUACUCAACUACAAUAUCGUCUUUAGUUGGAGACAGGUAUGAUAAAUUAAGAGUCAAUUUAUUUGACAUAUCACAAAAUAAUUCAAUGCUGGAGAAGACCUUUGGAAUUUUGUCUAAUGAAAUAUUUUUGCAUUGUAAAGAAGUCGUUUUUGAUGGUGUCUUAACCUAACAAUUAAGCACAUUAUAUAAAUUAAGUUUUUUAGCUGAAGCAGUCAAACUUAGAACAGAUUAUUUAAAAGAAGAAAGUAUAAAACGUAAGUGCUUUGUAUUAUUCUAGGUGGUAAAUUAAUUAAACACAACUUUCGAACAAUGAAUUUAUCAACAGUUGAAAACUAUAAUAGACAUGAUCUAGUAGAAAAGUUUCUUUCAAGUCUUGUUUUUACUGAACAUACCAAUAUUAAAUUAUUAUGUAUUUACAGUAAUUUAUUUAUAGACAUCUAAAAUUGUGAUAUAGGCAGAUUGGAAGCUUGGACAAACACCUUUAUAAAAUUUAAGGAGAGAAUUAUAAAAGAGCAACCAAAGAACCCCUUGCUUAAAGACUACAAAUUACCCAUAAAAACUAUUGUUCUUCCAGCUUAAACUUAUAGAAUGGAACCAUAGUAUAUUAAGAGGUUUUUUUAUGAGUUCUUUUUUACAAAGAAAGGUAGCAUUUUAGAAACAUAAACUUUUAUAAUGGAAAGUUGUUUUAAAUAAAAUGGAAGGGAAGAGGGAAUUUUGGAUUCAUGUGAAGAAAUAUAUAAGAAGAUACAAGAUGGAGAUGAAUCGAUGAAAAAUGUUGAGUAUACUAUUAAAAAAGUAAAAAUGAAGAGCACAACUUGCGACUUUCGCUUAUCUUUAUAUAAAUGCCUAAUCCUAACUGACAAUUUUAAAUUAGAAGAACUAAUCAUAGAAGAUGAAGGAAUGGAAGAGACUAUUACAGUGUACAAAGAUGCCACAUUAGCAUAUUUCUAAAAAUAGCCUUCUGGAUUUAUUCACAGUUUAAACUCUCUGCAAUUUAUUAGCUUAUCUUCGAUAGCAUUUGAGAUCUAUUAAUUCUUAGAAUUAUUUGUUUAUCAUGACUAACUAAGAUUGAAAAAAUUAAUUUUAAAAUCUCUUACGUUUGAAUAAAAGGAUGAUUUUAAGGAAAAUUUUGAAGGAAUCAUCAAAAGCAAAGAUCAACAAUAAUUUUAACUUUCAAUAAAGGAAUUGUAAGUAGAGCAACUAAAAGAAGAUUGUGCUUAAAUUAAUUUCAUUAAAUAUGUUAUUUUUUCAAAAUUUUAGAGAAUAGAAAAAUUGAGUAUAGGUCAAUUUAAUUUGGACACGCUUGCUGAUUAAAUUAUUUAGAUAUUAGAAGAAUUAUAAAUUUAACACUAAAACCAAUAAGAAAACAAUGAAAAAGAGGAUCCAAAUGAAAAUUCUAAAGAGAAACCAAUAAAUGAUAAAUAAAUAAACCCAAAUGAUAAUAAAAAGAAGAAAAAUUUUUAUGUUUUUGAAAACUUAAGAUAUCUAAGUUUAGUCGAAAUUGCAAUUACCUCCUAAAAAACAUGGAAUAUUAUAUUUCAACAGAUCAUUUUCAACCCCUAAAUUAAGUUAUAAGAGUUAGUUUUAUCUAAGAUUAAUCUAGAUGAAAUUUUUAUUAAAGCUUUGGAUGAAGCAACUAAGUCUUUAAUUGAUACUUAAAUAAAAGAAAACUUAGAGCAGAUUUCCGAUACUUCAGACUUAUUGUUCUAAUAUUAGAAUCUAUUAUUGGAAAAACCAUAGGACUUAGUUCUUAAGGGGAUAUUUGAUUUGUAAAAAUUAUCAUUUAUCGAAUGUAAAACUGAGAAAGAUGUUUUAACCCCUUUCUUAAUUCUCAGUACUUUAAAUGAAAUAACAUUUAAAUAAUGUGAUGGAUUAAACAAAUCUAUUUAGGAAACCUAAGAAAAGUUUACAAAAAACCCUGACUAUCAAAAAUUCAAUCUUGUUUCAAUUCAAACUUUAGUAUUCGAGAAAAUUACCUUAGAAGAACAAUAAUUUUAAUGGUUUUUGGAUGAAGUAGUUUUUAACAAAGAUAGGCAAUAAGUUAAGAAUUUAACAUUUAAUAAUUGCAAUUUGAAUGAUAAUUUGCUGAAUAUUUUAUCUAAUCAGAUCAAAAAAAUUAAGAGUAUUGCAACAUCAUUUAGAAGAUAUUAUAAUUUAAGAACAAUAAAUCUUCAAGAAAAUCCAAAGAUCAGUGAAGCUGCUUGGGUUGAUUUUUUUAAUAAGUUGAUGGAAUAAAAGGCUCAAAUUUAACUGGAGUAAAAUUAGAAAGAAGAAAAGAAGAAGGAUCUCUUUGUUAUUCAGAGUGAUAAUGAAGAAAAUGAAGAGGAAAUUGAUUCUAAAAAUGUCCUAAAUAAUAAGAAAGAAGACUAGCAACAAGAUAUUGAAGAUUUGUAAUAAAAGGAAGAUAGCAUUGAUAAAAUAGCUCUUUCAAAUGCUGAAUUUGUAUAAAAGAAUGAACUUUAAGUUAAAGAUAAAAUAAUCAACAAUUUUGAAAUAUUCAAACCUGCAUUUCCUUCAAAUUUGCAAUAUGUUUCUCUAAAUCUAGAUUUUAGUACUAUAAAAGAAUAAGAAAAAAAGGAUAAACUGUAUUACAAUAUUAUUGUUGGCUUAAUUAUUAAUACUGAAAGCUAAGUUGACAAUAUUAAACUAUAAAAUGUUGAUUUAGGUCUGUUUAUGUCAAACGUUUAAAAAGCUCAGUAAUUGAUACAAAUACUAGUGAAUAAUUGUUAUAAAGGAGAGGCUAAAGAAUUUAAAAGUAAAAUUUAAAAAAUAGAAUUCAGUGCUAAACCUGCAACUGAGAAUGAUAUCAAGUUGUUUGUAAAAACAUUUAUUUGUUCAACUCAUAUCUAAUUAAGGUCACUAGAUUUAUAUGGAUUUGAUAAUCAAGGUACAAUAUCAUAGAUCUUAAGUUAAUUGUCUAAUAGAUCUGGAUAUGUGUUAGAGACUUUGAAGUUGAAUUUCAAAGAAAAAUUAACUGAAGGAGAAACAUUCCAAUUUUUUGAAAAAGUAAUUCUAGGAACUGUUCUACCCAUAAAAGUUCUGAAAUUGGGCAGAGAAAUUUUAUUUUCUCCUGCAUAUUUCUCAGAGCUUUUGCUUAAUUAAUAAACUAUUCCUUUAGAACAAUAUAUUAUUUCAAUUUCAGAUGAGGAAGAAUAAUUAUAGAUUCAUUAGUAAUUUUUAGAAUUGCUGCUUUAAUCCAACUGUAAAAUUAAAAUAUUGGAUAUCAACAAAACCAAAGAUAUGAAUAAACUUUUAGCAAAGGUAGUAGAAAACAGAAUUUAGAAUCAAAAUUCGGAGUCAUUUUUAGAAGAGCUUAAUUUAUUCGGAUAAAUUAACGUUGAUGCUAAAUUUUUAACUUUCCUCUAUUCAUUACUUAAAAAUCUAAAAUAACUUAAAAUUGAUGAUAUAAAUUUGGAAAAUAAGGAUGAAAUCGAAAAUUUUUUUAAGGAUUCUACAUUAGAAUUUCAAUAAAGGGAGAACAGUUAAUUAGAUGUAAAAAAAAUAAAAGGAGAUGCAUGUCAAAUUUUUUUAGAAAAUUUUGUAUUGAAUGAUAAAAUUGGAUUCAGCAACAUUAACUUAAAAAGCCAUGAGUUGUUUACUAACUUUCCUGCUUUAAAUAAUACAAACAAAAUCAAAUUGCUCAAAUUAGAUGUGGGAUUAUUAUACAAUUCGUCAUAUUAACUAAAUGAAAAAGGCUUGACUUUAAUCGCAUAGAAGUUUAUUUAUAAUGAGGAAAGCAAUUGUGAAAUACUCGUGUUGAAUUAACUUCAUUUAAAAAUCCCAGGUGUUAAGGCUUUAACUAGUCCUGCACAGAAAUUUAGAGAAGAUAUUGAAGCUUAGAAAAGGCAAAGUACUUGCCAAUUAAAAUUAAAAGAAGUGAUCUUUUAUUAUUCUUUAUACCUUUUAGACGAAGGACAUGAAUUGCUUAUAAAGGAUUUGUUUUUUUUCGAAUAUAUAAGCUUAGAAAGGCAUUAAAUAUAAGUAUCUAAUUUCAACAAUGCCAAUUGUAAAUCAGUGUAUACAAAUGGUAAGAAUUGGUUGAAAUUUUAAUAGUUACAUAAUAGAUAGUAUAAAAAUGAAUAUCCAAUCAAAUACAUCGAUUAUGGUAGAAAUGAAUUUAUAUCAGAAAAAUAAGUAUGGUCUGAUUUCCUUAAUUUUUCUGUUUUUUCAGAUCUAAUGCCUCAUUUAGAGACCUUCAAUUUGCAUUUUAUGGCAAUUAAUGAUUUAAUUACUGAAUAUAUUGUGGAAAAUGCAUUAAAUUAUCUCAAUCAAAAACCAAAGAACUUUAAGCUUCCAGUUAAGAAGAUAAAUUUCUCACAAAAUAACGCUUUGACUAAAAUUGGAUGGCAGAGCUUAUUUGAGAACUUCUUCUUGCAUCCUAAAGUAGAUCUAAUAGAACUUAAUAUGAUUAGUACAAUGUUGGAUUCUUAGGAGAAACUUGAUGUUAUCUAAAAUGCAUUUAAAAAACGUGCAGAUAGAAGCCCGAAUAAAAAAUUACCAAUGCAAAUGUUUCUUUGUUACAAUGUCAGCUUAAAAGAUAUGAUCAAACCAUUUUUGUCUACUCCUCCUCCUGAUUAUAAACCUCCAACUCAUUUAUCAGUAGCUAUUGAUUACGAUGCUUGGAAGUUUGGAAUCCAUGAUGGUAUUCCAGAAGAGUUCGGAGAGAAAGUCCUAACAUAUUAAAGAAUAUUUUAUCAGCAUUCAGAAUUUAUAGAAACAAGUAAAUGGAAGGAAUAUGAGGAUGUUAAAUUUGCCCCAUAUCAUCUAGAUUUUUGUGAACAUUAUUUGAAAAAGAUGAACACUUACUUCAAAUAACAUUAAAUUAAAAACCCAUAAAUCUAUCUGAAUCUUAAUACACUCAAAGAAUUUUCAUCAAUUUUCAGAUACCGCAGAGAAAAACCAGGAAAACCUUUUCCAUAUUAAAUUGUCUUUUAAAGUGAUACUUAUAGAUUUCUUAAGAGUAGAGAGAGCAUUAUAUACAAAAUCAAUUUGAUUUAGAGUGACUUUUCUCAUCUAGAGAUGAUUAGUUAAGAAAAUGUAAUUUAAAUUUGGAAAUCAGUUAAAUCUUGGAGGUCAUCAAUUGAUUAAAUAUAGAUUGAAUAUUCAUUGAAUGACAAUCUUUGUGAGGAAAUGAUAAGAUAAGGAUUUUCAGAGAAGGACAUAAUUUAGUUAGUUAGAAUUAUGCCUCCCAAGUCAAUAAGAAUAUAGGGUGGAUUAAGUUUACCUGCUGUUAAAGGCUUGUAUUCAAUACUUUAUGAAACUCAUUACUUCCAAUAUUCAGUUAUUAAUUACGGAUUUGAUUCGUUCUUAAAUACUGGUAUUGGCUAUGCUUUGAGAGAAACUGCCUACAGUUAUUAAGACAAAAAUCUGUUUACAAAUAAGAUGAAGUAGAUGUUUUAUUCAAUAUUCAACUUUUUUGUUUCCAAGGCCCAAAAAUUUGAGUUUGAUGAUGAAAUUCACAAUUUAAACGCUUAUCUAUCAAAUAGAAAGUUGUUCUUCUUUUUGAUUGCUUUUAAUAAUGUUCUGUUUUGGGCAGUUACUUUGAUAUCACCAUUCUUUUUCACACAUUACUAUAAUGGAGACACAGAACCUGAGGAAUAAGCUUAUUAUUGUGUAGCAGGAACUAGUAAAGAAGCAAAUUAUGUUUAUUAUGGUUUUGCAGCUUUUUCUGCGAUAAUAGAAGCAUUUCUAUUUUAUCAGUUUUAAUUGCAAAUACCAAACCACAUUGAGAAAUUAGAGAUCAAAAUAGAAAAGGUUGACGAAGAGGAAGAUUUUAGAAAACCAUAGGCAUUCAAUUAAGAAUAAGAUGUCAAAAAAAAUUAAAUUGCCCCUUAAUUAUUUGAUCGAGCAAAAAAAACUUAUAUUGAUGUUUAAAAGGCCUUUUAAGUUUAAUAAAAGAAAAUUGUAGAAUCUAAAUUCUUGCAAGUGUUCUUAGUUCUUUUGAACUUAGCCUUUUCAUAACUAUAUAAAUUUGACCUCUUUAAUGAUGUUGUGUUUAUCUUAACUUGCUUCUAUUGUGAUGAAAACAUACUGUUCAUUUUAACUCUACUGAUCACAUCAAUCACUCAAGGAAUUUAUAUACUUUAGUUUUUGUAUCUGUUGUAUAUAAGAAUUACUUAAACAGAAACAACAGCAAAAAUUUUAUCAACUAAAUUUAUCAAUGAUAUCUAUUAAAUUGCAUUUCUGGGGAGAAACCAAGCUCUUAGUUAGCAAUUAGAUAAAGUUGCACCCUAUAAUGUUUCCAUAAUCCCUAAUAUCUGGCUUACGAGAACUUUUCUGUCAGAUUAUGCUGGAAGAAGCAUGAGUAAUCCAAUUAAAGCGUAUUUUAUGCAGUUUAUGCUUGAAGAUAUGCCUUAAACAGCUUUAUAAGCAUAUUUUGUUGUCAAAUAAGGUUUAAAAUAAGGCAGUCUAUCUUCAUAAGUUAUUUUCAUAAUAAUUAUCUCUAUUUACAACUUUAUGUCGUCAUUUUAUCUGUAAGUUUUAUAAUUUAUAUUCUAGAUUUAUGUCUAUAAGACCAUCUACGUUGAGUUAAGACGACUUUGAUAAAUUGUCUAAGAUUAAAAAGAAUAAAUACUUAGAGGUCAAAGAAUAAUAUUUAAAUGAAGAAGAGAAACAAUUGAAGAUAUAUUCAGAGUUGUACUCAAAUCCCUCAAGGGUGGCCUCACCUAUAAAAUAAAACUAGGAUGAGGAACACGAAAUGCUAUUAUGA